AUGCCUACAGAACUAGAGGAGCUGGUCGAAUUUAUAUCUCACGGCAACACGCAAGUCCGACAACUUGCUGUCGAAAAUCUCGUUCCCUUCUCUUUAUCCCAACCUGCGAUUUUUAAAACGAACCAACUUCUGCCAGUAAAGGAUUUAAAGCUAUUGGUGCGGGAUUACAAAAAAAUAGCUAGCGAUGCGAUAACGAUACUCAUAAACCUGUCUACGGACAGGGAUGUACUUGAAUUUCUUGCUUCAGAUAAAGAAUUUCUAUCAACAUUACUAGAGCGUGUGACAAAUCCAACGGAACCAAAUGCGAACUUACUAGCCAUGCUGUUAGCCAAUUUGGCGAAAUGGGACGACCUGAAACAUAUACUCAAUCUUGAAAGGCCGGCACCAAAGGAGCUUCAGUCAAGUAACAAGGCAAUCGAUCAGUUGCUCGAUUUGUUCGUCAAGGGCGCCGAGGGGACUUAUAACAAGGAUGCCGACUUCGACUAUCUUGCAUACUUCUUCGCCGAUUUAGCGAAGCACGAAGAAGGACGAAAAUACUUCCUUAGCAAACAAGAUUACGAUGGUGUGGUUCCCUUGACGAAAAUUACAGUAUUCACAGAACAUAAAUCGGAUAUACGGAGGAAAGGCGUCGCGAGCACGAUCAAGAACGUUGCCUUUGAAAUCGAGUCGCAUCCAUCUUUUCUCUCGGAAGAUGAAAUCAACAUUCUACCAUAUCUACUGCUACCGAUCAUGGGCAAUGAAGAAUAUGAGGAAGAAGAUUCCAUGUCAAUGCUUUCCGAUUUACAGCUUCUCCCACCAGAUAAGCAACGGGACUCGGACCCCACAAUAAUACAGACUCAUGUGGAAACACUGAUGCUCUUAACCACGACGAGGGAAGGACGGGAUCUCAUGAGAGAGAUCAAGGUAUACCCCAUUAUUAGAGAAACACACUUGCGGGUAGAUCACGAUGAGAUGAGAGAAGCUUGUGAAAGACUUGUUCAAGUUCUUAUGAGAGAUGAGGAAGGAGAAGAGAAGGUAGACGAGGGGAUGAAAGCCUUGGAGAGGUCUUCGAAGAGUGGUUUGAAGAAACCAUUUUCUUCUGGCUCGUCUGGGUGGGCUAGCCAAGAGGCUGGCAGGGAUGAGGAAAGUGAUGAUGAUGAUGACGACGUAGUAGAAGUGUGA